UGUUUUCUGGCAUGAUGAGGAUGCCGAUGUUGUUGUGCAGAUUGGCGGCAUUGUACGCUGGAUGGAUCUCUGAGUCGGAGACGUCGAAGUACUGCAUGUAGUGGCGAUUGACAUUGCCCAGGCCAACUUGCCAGUUUGAGAAGCUGAAAGGGAAGAUCGGCGGAUCAGUGUUUUAUUCUAUGUCUUUAAUCUGUGCUUCAUACUCAUGGAUCGCUUGACCAACGGUCAGCGUGUGUCGAGUCGAGAUGAGACAGCCCGUGAAGAGCCAUCCAUAGUUGGGAUUGUUGUCCUGGAAGCUGACAAUGAGAGCGACAAAAGUAAUCCCAUCCGGAGCGGGAUUUCCGCCAACGACAAAGUUCUCAGGCAGAGAGGCUGGCUCAAUAAUGGGAGAGGCCUGAAAGAGAGAGAGGAAGAGUGCGAAACCAGUCCCUGAAUAAUCUCACAAUAGUAACUGUUCCUGAUGCAAACAGACAAAGAAGAGCCUUUCAGUGUGACUCUGGCGGUGGAGAAAUGCGGCUGGGCGUAGUUUUGGAUAGUGAGAAUGGGAUAUACUUUGCCGGUGACAAGAUCACCGGCGAAGUAACUGUGGAUGUGGAGCGUCCGCAAGCGCUGAAGAUGAUCACGGUGAUGCUGCGCGGCAUAGCGAAGAUUGCCUUCAGAGAGGGAGCGGGUCUGCCUUUCUUCCUGGCCACCAAUAAUCUCUGCUACGACCAGCAAACUAUAAUGUCCCGCGAGGUGAUUGUCUUUGCCAACUCCAAUCCGUCACCAGUGAUGGAGAAGGGCUCGUAUUCCUUCGGGUUCAGCUUCCUUCUGCCCAACCUCAUGGUAUCGAGUUUCAAAUCAUCACACGGAUAUGUAACUUACACGCUGGACAUUGUGGCGAAGAAGAGGUUCUUCGUGGAGCGCCUGCAUAAGGAGCUGAAGAUCUUCGAGUUCAACGAGGACACUCCUCAACUCUCCUACAGACCACUGAAAUUCGAGAAAGUCAUCCUACCACGGCUUUCCUGUCUCUUUCGCUUCUUCCUUCAGCGCGAGGACAUCACGGCGCGAUGCCACAUUCACAUCCCGAGGAUUACAUUCUACAGCGGCGAGAGCAUUGACGUCAACGUGGUCCUCAUGGACUAUCAAGUGGGAAAUCGCGGAAAAUCGGCCGUUAUCAUCACUGAGCUGCUGCAGGAGUUCGCCUUUCAGGGGGGCUUUAGCAGCCGAAGCCUGGUGGAGCCGCGCCGGGCCAUUGCAAUGAAGAAGACGAAGGACGUGAAGGCGUAUCAUCAGCUAAUUGUGCCCCCUUGUCCCAGAACUGGGGGUGUGUAUCGCAGGGCGCGCGUUGGCUACUACGUGAGGGUGCGCGUGCAGAUGCGAUGUCGCCAGUACCACUUGCUCAUUCCCAUCACCCUCACUGGGCCACUAAACGACAUGUCCAGGAAGUGGCAGAGUCACUAUGAGCAACAUGACCAAUCGUCAGUGUCGUCGGAGCCGGAAUUGGCGCCGGCCGAGAGCAUGCAGCGGCACGCUGUCACUCUCUUGCAGCUCCUCACCACCAAGAAGGAGCACUGCACAAGCAUGGAGGGAUUGGACAUUCCGCAGUCGGUGCCAGAGGUGGGUGAGGAUUUCGACGAAGUCGACAUGAUAGAGAAAAUUCGUAGCACGCCAGACAGCCUUGUGACUCUAAUUACGCCGCCCGAGAGUUUUGCUACUCACCCUGGCCAGGAGCACGAGGAAGCCGGUGGUGAUGAAUAGGAGGUGUGUCUGCAUCUUAAUGGAUGUGUCCACAAUGCACGAGAGGUACUUUUUCACUGAUUUUCUUUGAAUUUUCUCGGGGUUUUUUAUCACACAUGGGAUUAUAGAUAACAGCAAGAGCGAGUUAGAUUUCAAUGGAAAUGCGGCUGUAAUUGAUUGAAUGGCAGCGAGAGUCCCUCGGCUGAGGAUUAAAGAAUAUGAUUGUUGUAAUAAA